AUGUUCCGCGCGACUGCACUCUCACUGGGCAAAGCCCUCGUCAUUGCUGAGAUGGUGGGUGGGAAGGCCUCACCAGCGACGCUGUCCGCCAUUACAGGCGCCACGAAGGUGGGCCCUGUGACGAUCCUGGUGGCCGGUGCGUCCGCCAAGGAUGAGGCCCAGGUGCUGGCCAAGAUCAAGCCUGUUGCGAGCGUGCUCGUGACGGUCGGGGAGCAAUACAGCCACGGCCUCCCGGAGGAGUACGCUCCGCUCAUCGACGCGGCGGUGAAGGCGAACGGUUACACGCACGUCUUUGCCGGGACUUCGGCAUUCGGCAAAAACGUGAUCCCCAGGGCGGCAGCGAGGCAGAGCUGCAUGCCCAUUCCCGAAGUCACGGAGAUCGUGGACGAGAACACGUUUGUGCGGCAGACGUACGCUGGCAAUGCGAUAACGACCAUCAAGUCGUCUGACAAGAUCAAGUACUGUACCUUGCGCGGUACGUCGUUUGAGCGAGCCGAGGUUGGCGGUGGUAGCGCCGCAGUGGCGGAUCUCGCCGCGACCCCGGCGGUGGGUAAGGCAAAGUUUGUAGAAGACCAGCUGUCCACCAGCGAUAAGCCCGACCUGAUGACGGCAGCGACCGUCAUCUCUGGCGGCCGAGGUAUGAAGAGCGGCGAUAACUUCAAGAUGCUCGAGGAGCUCGCCGCCCCGCUGAAUGCAGCUGUCGGCGCUACCCGCGCUGUUGUAGAUGCCGGCUACGUGCCAAAUGAGAUGCAGAUCGGCCAGACGGGCAAGACCGUCGCCCCGAACUUCUACCUCGCGUGCGGCAUCUCCGGCGCUAUCCAGCACGUAGCCGGCAUGAAGGACUCGAAGGUGAUCGCGGUGGUUAACACAGACGAGGAAGCGCCCUUCUUUCAAAUCGCCGACUACGGCAUUGUCGAUGAUCUCUUCAAAGUGUUGCCGGCGCUAACGGAGAAGGUCAAGGCGGCUAAUGGCAAGUGA